AUGGAGUCGCAACAACCAGACCGGGCCAAGUCUCUGUCGGCGCAGGUCCUGCCCGUCUUCACGCAGCGGCGGUACAGGACGGUGGCCGCUGUCGCUAUUCUGUUCUUGAUGCUCUGGAUGUACCAUGGGUUUGCGCAGCGCAGCGUCGUGCCACCACCAAGCCCUCAGCUUGGCAGUCAAGAUAAGGCGGAUGGACCUGCGUUACCGUUAACAACACCACCGCCCGAGCCGACCAGCGUUCCUGACAAGAAGCCCACAGCAGAACCUCACAGCCACGUUGAGAUCCCACGGAAGCUAUGGCAAAUCAUGCUGCCGAGAGCCACCAAGGGCAAGAAACAGACGCCUGACCCGAAGGUGCUUGAAGACACACCCUCCUGGUUGAUUAUGAAUCCAGAUUACGCAUACAAGCUAGUGGGAGAACAGGGAGCAAACGAAUUCGUGAGCCAGCACUUCGCCGAUAAACCCGCCAUCGUCGAGACAUACCAAGGACUCCAGAACCUCGGCAUGAAAUCUGAUCUCUUGCGCUACCUUAUCUUGGACGUCGAAGGAGGAGUAUACACCGAUACCGACACCAUCGACAUAAAGCCGAUCGACGAAUGGAUACCUGCUUACCUCAAAGGCCAGGUGGGACUGAUUGUCGGCAUCGAGUUCGACCGCCGCGACGGGGGCCCGUGGGCCGAGAUUCCACACUGGCUCCAGUUCUGCCAGUGGACGAUCGCCGCGGCGCCGGGACAUCCUGUUUUCCAAAAGAUGGUUAGCCACGUCCUAGAAGCGGUGGAACGAUACUCGAGCGCGUACCAAGUGCCGGUCAACAAACUCAACCCGACCAGCUUCGAGGUCAUGAACUCGACUGGCCCGGCUGCCUGGACGGACGUGGUUUUCGAGCAACUCCAGGAGUACGAGCCCACACUAAAGGAGUUGAAGGACCUGUCAUUCAUGAUGGAGCCGAAAUUGUAUGGUGAUAUCCUAGUCCUAAGUAUCAAUGGGUUCGGGAUGGGCCAACGACAUUCACAGAGCACAAAUGACGGAACCAUCCCCAAGGAUGCUCUGAUGAAACAUCUCUUCCGAGGAUCAUGGAGGGGAUAG